UUGUGCUCGUUCUUGCUCAAGCCGCUUCUUCGCUCUAUCUCUCUUCCAUUUCUCUUUCUGCAAUGGCGAGAAUAGUGCGUGUGGCGAGAUCCUCCUCCUCCUCCUCCUCCUCACUCUUCGGCUUCGGAAGCCGAUUUUACUCCACCUCUGCCGGUGUUAGCCACGCGUCGCCGUCCUCGCCGUUUCUUCACGGUGGCGGAGCUCGCAGGGAUGCUGCAAAGGAUAGGAACGUGCAGUGGGUGUUUCUGGGUUGUCCCGGUGUCGGUAAAGGCACUUACGCUAGUAGACUGUCGAGUCUCCUCGGCGUUCCUCACAUCGCCACCGGCGAUCUCGUCCGUGAGGAGCUUGCUUCCUCCGGACCUCUCGCCCAACAGCUAUCGGAGAUUGUGAACCAGGGGAAGUUGGUUUCGGAUGAGAUCAUAGUAAACCUUUUGUCAAAGAGACUCGAGGCUGGUGAAGCGAAAGGUGAAUCAGGGUUCAUUCUUGAUGGCUUUCCUCGAACCAUGAGACAAGCUGAAAUACUGGGAGAUGUAACUGACAUCGAUUUGGUGGUGAAUUUGAAGCUGCCUGAGGAAGUUUUGGUUGAAAAAUGCCUUGGGAGGAGAACUUGUAAUCAGUGUGGAAAGGGUUUUAAUAUCGCUCACAUCAACUUGAAGGGUGAGAAUGGAAAACCUGGAAUCAGCAUGGAUCCACUUCUCCCUCCACCACAGUGUAUGUCAAAGCUCAUCACUCGAGCAGAUGAUACUGAAGAGGUGGUGAAAGCAAGGCUUCGUAUAUACAGUGAAACGAGCCAACCUCUUGAAGAAUACUACCGUAGCAAGGGAAAGCUUAUGGAGUUUGACCUGCCUGGAGGCAUCCCGGAAUCGUGGCCAAGACUAUUAGAAGCCUUGAGGCUUGACGAAUACGAGGAGAAACAGUCUGCCGUGGCAUAGUUGGCCAAUCGAAUCCCGGUAUUUAAAUUCUUUGCAUGUGCAAGGCAUAUGCGUAAACAAUUUUGUGUUGGAAAUAAAAGUAAAGAAAAAAAACCUUAGAUUGUUUUUUUUUACCUCAAUUGAAAUAAUCAUACACACUUGCAAACGAUUAUCUUCCCACGAGCUCGGGGGUUUUGGUUCCAUACUUGCAAAUCUGAUGUAUCAUGGUUGUUUAUGAGCUUUUUUUUGCUGGUCACAUGAAUGUAUCGAUACUUCUACA